CUGAGUUGUUGACAGCUGUUGAGCAAUCGCUCUUUCCGAUCGUGAUAUACAUAUAUAUAACAGGGCGAUAUGAAAGCCAAGGGUGAGUUGAAGGAAUUUGAAGUGAUAGGGCGCAAGCUCCCUACUGAAAAGGAGAAAACUACUCCUCUUUACAAAAUGAGGAUAUUCGCGCCUGAUGUUAUAGUGGCCAAGUCCAGAUUUUGGUAUUUCCUGCGUCAAUUGAAAAAAUUCAAAAAAUCCACAGGAGAAAUAGUAUCUCUCAAGCAGAUUCCAGAAAAGACACCUAUAAAGAUAAAAAACUUUGGAAUUUGGCUAAGAUAUGAUUCUCGAUCUGGUACACAUAAUAUGUACAGGGAAUAUAGGGAUCUUUCUGUCAGUGGGGCUGUAACACAGUGUUAUAGAGAUAUGGGUGCCCGUCAUCGCGCGCGAGCUCACUCCAUACAAAUAAUCAAAGUGGAAAUUGUGAAAGCUGCAAAUUGUCGUAGACCUCAAGUAAAACAAUUUCAUGAUUCUAAAAUCAAGUUUCCAUUGCCCAAGCGUAUUCAUCACAAAAAUCGUAUGCCACUAUUCAGUGUACGAAAACCACGCACUUAUUUCCUGUGAAUACUAUGACCAGUGUUUAUUAUGACACUAAAUAUAUAUUAUUCUGUGGGAAAUAAAAACAAUAUAAUUGUUUACAAU